AUGGAAUUUUCAUCAAAAGUUCCUUCUCAAUGGACAUUCAUUGGUGACGAUCAAACUUAUUUGAUCGUUCCAAACCUUCGAAAUGUACUAACCGGAUUCGAUUCAGAUAAGCCUGUUGUUCUUGGAAAAGUUAGAGAUACUAGUAAUUUGUUCUCUUGGCUCUUCCCAUUGAGCAAUUUCAAGAAAAUUUCUGUACGCGGUGGAGUUGUUCUCUCAAAUUCAGCAAUCGACAGGUUAUCAGCAUGCAAGGGUUUCUUUUUUGCACGAGCUUCGGAUUAUGCUUUGUAUGACUGCAGUGAAGAGUACGAUGUCCAAAUUGUAGAUCCAUUCGAUGAAGAUGCACUUAGAUUGUUCAACGACCUCCCGCCUAAACAGAUUAUUGCCCCCGACUCGAAAUUAUUUCGAUCAAGGCCUACAAUAGGUGAAAAGUGUUCUGAUCAUGCAGUUUCGUUCGGUCAACUUUCUGAGAAAGAUAUGCGAGUUCUCGAAUACGGUAUGUCGUUGAAAGUAUUCGGAAGAGGAGGUUUGUGCUGUCUAGUUGCUACCGUGCCUCUAAUUUGUUUAAUUGCCAGGUCUCCAGACUUCCGAAUCUAA